GACGGAAGCCCUGAAGCCAGAGCUUGCUUGCCAAGCUCUCGCUCAGACCGGAUCUAGGAAAUACGAGGCGGGCCUCGGUGGGAGGGACGCACUGAGGGAGGAGGGAGGAAAGGGGGCGGCGGCGGCGGCGGCUCACACCGGAUCCCGGCCCCGCACGGCGCGUACCCUGGGGGUUCGGGCGGGGAAGCGGCGCCGGCCCGGACCCCCCGCGGGAGCAGGCGACGGGCGUGAGGGCGAGGCGGCGGCGGCGGCGGCCAGAGAGCAGCAGCCGCCUGGACACUGUCUUCAGCCUUUUCUUCAAGUUUUUGACCGUGGAUUUUGUCGUGUCAAACUGGACGAAUUAUCUUAGUUGAAUUUUCACCAGUUGAAAAAUUGGAGAUUUCUAGACUACUGAAAAGAAGUCGCUUUCAGAGCUGGAGAUGUGAAUUAAAUUUCUGUGCCAGGGUUGAUAAACCAUCUUGAGGAUUCCAUCCAGGAAACCCCAUCACAGUUGGUUGUUAUGUCUCCUUAGACUCCUCUUGGCUGUGACAGUUUCUCAGACUUUUGUUUUUGAGGAGUACUGAUCAGAAAAUGACUGUGGUGCUAGAAGAUCAUUACUUUUGGAAAGCCGGUUAACAUCCAUUUCCUAAGAGAAACUUGGCCACCAUUUGCUCUGGCAUGGCGCAAAGCAGCCCACAGCUUGAUAUUCAGGUUCUCCAUGAUCUUCGACAACGUUUCCCUGAAAUUCCAGAGGGCGUGGUGUCUCAGUGCAUGUUACAGAAUAACAACAAUCUUGAAGCCUGUUGCCGAGCCCUUUCCCAGGAGAGUAGCAAAUACUUAUAUAUGGAAUACCAUAGUCCAGAUGACAAUAGGAUGAAUAGAAAUCGCCUUUUACAUAUUAACCUGGGUAUCCAUUCUCCUAGUAGCUAUCACCCAGGAGAUGGAGCCCAACUUAAUGGUGGUCGAACACUGGUACAUAGCUCAAGUGAUGGACAUAUUGAUCCUCAGCAUGCAGCAGGUAAACAGCUGAUAUGUUUAGUUCAAGAACCACACUCAGCUCCAGCUGUUGUUGCUGCUACUCCCAGCUACAAUCCAUUUUUUAUGAAUGAACAGAACAGAAGUGCAGCUACUCCUCCUUCACAGCCACCUCAACAGCCAUCUUCCAUGCAAACAGGAAUGAAUCCGUCUGCUAUGCAAGGGCCUUCACCACCACCGCCACCUCCUUCAUACAUGCACAUACCUCGGUAUAGUACAAAUCCAAUUACUGUUACAGUAUCCCAGAAUCUCCCUUCUGGACAGACUGUACCAAGAGCUUUACAAAUUCUUCCACAAAUUCCAAGCAAUCUCUAUGGGUCUCCUGGUUCUAUUUAUAUUAGACAGACAUCUCAGAGUUCAUCAGGAAGACAAACUCCUCAGAGUACGCCGUGGCAGUCCUCACCACAGGGCCCAGUGCCUCACUAUAGCCAGCGUCCUUUACCUGUUUAUCCACACCAACAGAACUAUCAACCUUCUCAGUAUUCUCCCAAACAGCAGCAGAUCCCUCAGUCUGCUUACCAUUCACCACCUCCUUCUCAGUGUCCUUCACCCUUCAGCUCUCCACAGCAUCAAGUGCAACCUUCUCAGUUGGGCCACAUCUUUAUGCCACCUAGUCCUUCAACUACUCCACCCCAUCCAUAUCAACAAGGACCUCCUAGCUAUCAGAAACAGGGAAGCCAUUCAGUAGCCUAUCUUCCAUACACAGCAUCUAGUUUAUCCAAAGGUUCCAUGAAGAAGAUAGAAAUUACAGUUGAACCUUCUCAAAGACCUGGGACAGCAAUUAAUAGGAGUCCUUCACCCAUCAGUAAUCAACCAUCUCCACGGAAUCAACACUCACUGUACACAGCCACCACGCCACCUUCAAGUUCUCCUUCAAGAGGGAUAUCUAGUCAACCAAAACCUCCAUUUAGUGUUAAUCCUGUGUAUAUUACAUAUACACAGCCAACUGGACCUUCUUGUACUCCAUCACCAUCUCCUCGAGUGAUACCAAACCCAACUACAGUUUUUAAAAUUACCGUAGGCCGAGCAACGACUGAAAAUCUUUUAAAUUUAGUGGACCAAGAAGAGCGCUCUGCAGCACCAGAACCUAUUCAGCCCAUUUCAGUGAUACCAGGCUCUGGGGGAGAAAAGGGAAGCCAUAAAUAUCAGAGAAGUUCUAGUUCUGGAUCAGAUGACUAUGCCUACACACAAGCCUUGCUGUUACAUCAACGAGCAAGGAUGGAGAGGUUAGCAAAGCAAUUGAAACUUGAGAAAGAGGAGCUAGAGCGGUUGAAGUCUGAAGUUAACGGUAUGGAGCAUGACCUGAUGCAGAGACGGCUCAGAAGAGUCAGCUGCACCACUGCGAUCCCUACGCCUGAGGAAAUGACAAGAUUGAGAAGCAUGAACAGACAACUCCAGAUAAAUGUUGACUGUACACUGAAAGAAGUUGACCUCCUUCAAUCUAGAGGAAACUUUGAUCCAAAAGCCAUGAAUAAUUUUUAUGACAACAUAGAACCUGGCCCAGUUGUACCACCCAAGCCAUCUAAAAAAGACUCCUCAGACCCCUGCACAAUUGAGAGAAAAGCCCGAAGAAUUAGCGUGACCUCCAAAGUACAGGCAGACAUCCAUGACACCCAGGCAGCAGCUGCAGAUGAGCAUCGAACUGGCUCCACACAAAGUCCUCGGACACAACCUCGAGAUGAAGACUACGAAGGGGCUCCAUGGAAUUGUGAUAGCUGCACCUUUCUUAACCACCCAGCACUAAAUCGCUGUGAGCAGUGCGAGAUGCCACGAUACACCUGAAUUCAGAAAAGUCUGCGCCAGGUUAAAAGUGAAACUUUGAGCACCACCAGAAGAAAAGGAAACCUCGGGACUCUAUUCAUCCACCCAGCCUUUUCAUUUUCGAUUGCACAGCGGGGAGGAGGAAUGGCUUUGUGGUCGUUGUGCUCACGAAAGGAAAAACGGGGAGGUCUUUUUUUCUCCUUUCUUAACUCACUACAGAGUGAGAGAUAGAAAGGGAUACUUGAAACUGGGAAAGGAUUCACUCUGUGAAAGAAUGUACACACAAGUCAAGAGCUCUUCUGUGGUGGAAUCCCAACUGUUAAAGUUACUGCUGAGUGGCCCUUAUUUUUUAAACUAGUACUUUGAAUCAUAGUAUGAAAUGUUGCAGUUUAUGCAAACUGUGAAUUCCCAGAGCAGACUUACCUGGUCACCGCUCUCUGGAAAACCAAGGCUCCCCGUGCUUCUUCCCGUUGCUUCCUACUAAAGAGGACAACAGGAAAAAGCACCUAGAAUAUUGGGGGGGGGGGGGGGGGGGCAAAUUAAUUAAGGGUAUUUGUAAUUGCUGCUUUUUUCAGGGGUAAUUUCCAACACACAUACAUGCACACAAAGAAAAUGUUUUAAAAUGUGAUUUGUAGCAGUCAGGAACUAGGCAUAUCAUGCCUUUGUUUAAAAGUACAAUCAGAGGUGGUAAGAUGCCUUUGGCUUGUACAGUGAUUCAUCAAGCUCUAUCAACACUGGUAACUAAGACCUACUUAUGCCACAUAAGAGAUGCAUUUUUUAAGUUAACUGCAUGUUUUUAUUAAGGCCAUUGGUUUUCCAAAUAACAAGUCCUUACAAAGUAUGAUUUUAUAAAUGAUAUUCUCGUAAAACUGUGCUUUGCCAGUAGCACAGUGAAUGUAUGCCAAAUGCAAGUCCAUUCCAAAAUCCAUUUGGAAAUCUUGAUUUCAGCUGUGGUUCUUAAACUUUUGCAGUCCAUAGGGCCUUUUUUUUUCUCUCCUUCCAAUUUUGUGAUAAAUUCAUGAUGUUUACAGCACAGAUAAAAUUUUGUGCCAUAAUCCUAAUUUAGCUGAAAUCAAUAUUAACUGUUCAAUAAAAACUUACUUGCAUAUGUUAAUAAACCAGUGUGAGGGGAAUUACAGUUGGCCAAUGACAAAGUUGCACACUGCAUUAUUUGGGAAACGAGGGAUUGUCAAAAAUUAUUAAGAGAAAGGUGAAUAUAGAGGACUUUGAAACAGAACUUUUAAAAUUUAACAUAACUGUAUCUAGAGGUCAAUUGAGUUUCUACAGGCAGUUCAGGUCAUUUUAAAGCCCUCCUUAUUUAUGAAAUAGAACUUCAGGGUGCGGAUAAGUGAAGAGAUACAAAGUCAUGUGACUCACUAGGGUGCAUCACUGGAAACUUAGUAGCACAUUUCAUUAAGGUCUCUGCCAUUGUUGGAGUUCCUUCUUAGCUCAGAAUUGGAGUUUUGGAAUCUUCCCCUCAUUUUGGUGAGUAUAAACAGCAAUAAAGUUAGUAGGUUCUCCCAUCCUAAAGGAUUUUACCUGAGGGAUAUCGUCUUAGGAAUAUCCAUAGACGCUCCCAUCAGGUUUCUCCCCCAACCCCCAUACACACACACACACACACACACACACACACACACACACACACCCCGCCCCGCUUCUAAUUUAGCAGUAAUCUCUGGCAGACCUGGAAAAACAAGCUGCUCUUAAUAGCAUAAUGAAACCAAAGGCAUAAUAACUCAUCAUAGUUUUCCAUCAGAAUCAUUUCACACUCUGCCUACAGCUUUGAAAACAUUUUUUCAUAUGUGAAAAAUUCCCCAAAAUACAUCCACUAGUCUCCCAAAGGAAGCGUGGUAAUUAACACUGAUAAAAACAUCUUCAUACAACAACUGUGGCAAAACUGUGAAAAUAACGGUGAGAAAGCAGAUGGGCUUAAAAGCAUGGUCCCCAAAACAACGUUCUUUAAAGGUUUUUGUAACACUGGUCUCUGUCUCCAAUAACAGUCUAGCCGUCCUACUGUUCUGUAAUAUGCCUUUGCCUUUGUAUGGUUUCAUAUCUCUUUAGUGAUGGUCAACCCCACUUGGUUUUAAGUUACAAUUUAGGGGAAAAUAUAUAUAUAUAUACUGCUUGGUGUCCUAGCUAAAAGGUUUACCAGUAUUCUUAGUUGAUAUGCUGAAGUGGAGGCAAUUAACUUGGCAGUUGUCAGUUGAGAAUGAAAGUAGCAUGUCUGAAAACAGUCUGAUGCUUUAUAAAACCAUGUAGAUGACUUUAAAACUAUUGCAUGAAAAUACAUCAAGGUUAAUAAGCUGUUAAUACAGUAGAUGCAUGGUUUCAAUCCUUUGGUGAUAUAUCUAGUCAAUCAUUGUUUUCACCUGCCAGGAAAAGAGAGCAAACAGUCUAUUGGAUAGAUGUAAAGGGUGGGGUAUGCGGUAUCAGAUUGAUUUUAAGGACGUUUUGUACGUUAAUUUUUAAUUGUGCACGUUUCAUAUGCCAACAUAGGCUGUAUUCAGUUUUAAAAUAGGCAAAAUGACUUGACACUGAUAAAUCUGGUAUGUUUAACUGUGUCCCAUAUGUAGACUGCUUUUUGCCUAUGACCAGUUUGAACAAGAAUUCACCCAACUUUCAAGGUGCCUUUUCAAAAGGAUCUUGUAGUCAGUUGGUAUGUACAGACAAUUGGCAUGGAAGUGAUAGGAUAUAAAUCGGAUGAUGCCUGGCUGCUGAGGUGCCAGCUGGAUCAGCUGGUGCACUUCUUGUUUCUUGUAAGAGGUUUGCUUCUUUAAAAUGACUAGUUUGAUGUAUCUGGUAACAUAUAGGCCUGACUAUACAUUUUACAUUAUUUCGCUAUUUCAUAAACUGGGAUUUUAGCACGUUUGCUAUUUUGUUAAAGUACAUUGCCCCUUAAAUUUUGGAGUAGUUUUUAAAAGUUUAAAAUGGUAAUAGAGGAGCCAGAAACUUUUUAAGCAUUGUAAAAUGUUUUGAAUUGAUAUUGACUUUGUUUGGAAGAGAGUAGAGGCAGGGGGCUUUAAAGAAACAAAGAAAUGCAUUGUAAAAAUGUAGUUUUAGAGCAAAUUAAUAAUGAUGGUGGGGAAAGUGUUGCUAAUUUGUUUAUUUCCCUGGAAGAAAUGGGAAGUGUGAUAAGCAGUUUAAUUUUUAAGGAGCUGGUCUCAAUUUUAGUACUUUUUAAUUAUGCAAAUAAAUCACUGUUUCCUUAAAUUUUGUCAUUGCUUUGUCACAGUUGUCUAGGGUUCAUAUCCAACCUUCUGUGGCAAUUCAAUUUUAUAUAGUCUUUUAAGAGGUAAUUGUAAUGUAUUUCUGACAGUAUAAACAAAAAGAAUAUAAGGCAUAGAAGAAUUGUCCUCUAAAAAUAUCAAUGAUGUAUCCUGGAAUGUGAAGAUGUCCCUUUAUAGUUAAAAAUUGAAUUAUUUUAAUAUUGUACCAUUGUUAGACCUUGAAUGAGUCUAUGUUACCGUGUGUGUCUGUAUAUCUACCUGUAGAGAAAGAAAAAUGACAACUGAAAUGUUACUUUUAAAAAUCAGAAUAAAUUGGGCACUGUCUGUGUUGCACCACUACUGUAUCUUUUCGAAAGAAUUAACAGUAUUUGCCUAUUGUAAAAGUUAAUUCUGAUGACGUUUUCACAUUCACCAGACUUUUUUUCCUGUAUUAUUUGCAUCCCCAAAUAUUUAAUACAAGUAGAUUCUGCAUGGCUUGGGCAUUCAGAGAUUAAUAGAAUGAUGACUCAAUUUUACUUCUAAAGCCAUGAAAAGUUACUUUGAGACUGAACAAUUCUGAAUUAUUUAUGAUACCCAAUGUCCAUGUUUCUUUCCCUACUGUAAAAGAAUUGAUCAGUUUCUUCAUUAAAGCAGCAAAAACUUAUUAAAUCUUGUAAAUACCAUGUCUCUUUUAGAUUUCUGUGUAUGCUGUGAAUGAAAUCAUUUUGAGAUGAAAUUGUACAAAGGCAUUUUAAAAGGCUCUGCAUGCAUCGUACCUCCAAACAGUACAUAUUCGGAAAGUCAAAGAUUCCUGCAAAAUAAAUAAACUAAAAGCAAACACUA